AUGGAGAAGGGAGGCGCGAGCAAGCAUCACCACCGACAGUCGGCUGGACCUCCGACUCCCUGCCCUUCGCCGACAGCACUGGGAGCUCCGGGGCGCCUGAAGCCGCCGCACGAGCCAGGAGGUCCAGCACAGGACGGCACUCCCGCAGUGCCGCGUUGUCGGCAAGCGUCGAACUCGGGGCGGACAACUCGGAUGAUCCAGGGACCACGCGGUAUAUGGAUGACGCCCGUCGACGACUGGAACAACGUGGGGCGCUUGAUGCUCUCGCUGCUCGGCGUGCUGCUCCUCUUCGUGCUGGUCUUCGGGGUCGCGUUCAUCCAGGAGAUGCGCCGAGAGCAGUACGCGAAAGCGCUGCGCACGGGGCGCCUGCAUCCGUCGAAGGCCACCCCGCCUGUGCUCGCGACGAACGCCACCAGGUAUGAAAGAUAG